AUGAGGAGGGACGUUCUCCUGCGGCUGCUCUUCGGAGCUCUGGCUUGCCUGAGCCUCUUCCUCGUCAACGCCGAGGACCCUUACCGUUUCUUCACCUGGACCGUCACCUAUGGCACCAUCUCCCCUCUCGGCCUUCCCCAGCAGGUUGAUCGCCCCUCCUACUCUCUCUCUCUCUCUCUCUCUCUCUCUCUCUGGUUCAUCAUGGCUGAUCGAAGGAGUCGUCGAACUUCGUGAAUCUCUCUAUAGGGUAUUCUGAUCAAUGGGCAGUUCCCCGGGCCCCAGCUGGACUGCGUAACGAACGACAAUGUAGUGGUCAACGUCAUCAACAAGCUCGACGAGCCCUUCCUUCUUACAUGGUAAGCCACCACUAGUCUUAUCCGCGGAGAGAGAGGGGCUCUUCUGAAACCCUACCCUGGGAUAGUGACGGGCUGUCUUUGGAGCAACAGGAACGGGAUCAAGCAGAGGAAGAACUCCUGGCAGGACGGAGUCCUGGGCACCAACUGCCCCAUACUGCCCAACUCCAACUUCACCUUCAAGUGGCAGGCCAAGGAUCAGAUCGGCUCCUUCUUCUACUUCCCGUCGACGGCGAUGCACCGGGCCGCCGGCGGCUUCGGGGGACUCAACGUGAACCAGAGGGGGCCUAUUCCUAUCCCAUAUCCGGUUCCCGCCGGAGAUUUCACCCUCCUCGUCGGCGACUGGUACAAGGCCGGCCACAAGGUCCGUCCACACCCCUCCCUGUUCAGAAGAGCCUCAUUAAUUGUAUAAAGAAGAAGCAUGAGAGGAAGAAACAUAAAGAUCGUGGGUUGGCAUGCAGGCGAUUAGGCAGUCCUUGGACGCCGGAGGUGCUCUUCCUCUCCCCGACGGCAUCCUCAUCAAUGGGCUUCCUCAGGGCUCCGUCUUCACCGGAGACCAAGGUAAAUAUUACGUCCUUGACCUUAGAUUCCAUCGCCGGUAGGAUUCUCCUGAAACCAAAGAGAUUGGGAUUGAAAUGUAUAAAGCUGUAAUCGGUGAUCCACUCCGCAGGGAAAACCUACAAGUUUAGGGUCUCCAACGUGGGCCUGUCCACCGCCUUCAACUUCAGGAUCCAAGGGCACAAGAUGAAGGCUGUUGAGGUGGAGGGCUCCCAUGUAAUCCAGGAAUUCUACGACUCCAUCGACGUCCACGUCGGCCAGUCCAUUGCGGUGCUCGUCACCCUCGACCAGCCCGCCGGCGCCUACUACAUCGCCGCCUCCACCCGUUUCACAACGUCGGUGCUGACCGCGACGGCGGUCCUUCGCUACUCCAAGUCAACCGCCCCCGUCUCCGGCCAGAUACCCCCUCCUCCGGCUUUCCAGCUCGAGGGUUCCAUUCUCCAAGCGAGGAGCUUCCGGUGGAACUUGACGGCGAAUGCGGCCAGGCCCAAUCCCCAGGGUUCUUACAGGUAUGGGAGUAUCACGCGGACGAGGUCCCUAGUCCUUGCCAACACCGCCUCGGUGGUCAACGGCCGGCAGAGAUACGCGGUCAACGGCUUCACCUACGUCAACCCCGACACUCCCCUGAAGCUCGCCGACUACUUCAACAUUCCAGGGGUCUUCUCCGUGGACAACAUCCCGGCGGCGCCGCCCGCCACCGCCGCCGCCCCCAUCUUCUCCACGUCCGUGCUGAGGUUCAAUCUCCGCGAUUUCGUCGAGGUCGUCUUCCAGAACAACGAGAAUGACUUGCAGAGCUGGCACAUCGACGGAACCGACUUCUGGGUCGUGGCGUAAGUGGGCCCUAAUACAAUCAUCACAACAUAAAGUUCCAACUAUAUAAAAAAUCUAAAUAUUUCUCGUCGAUGAAUCAGGUACGGAUCCGGGCAGUGGGACCCUAGUCUCAGGGGGCGAUACAAUCUGGUGGAUGCGACCACGAGACACACCGUUCAGGUACUAACCGUGUCAACGGAUCGAGUAAUCUCUUGGCCCGGUUUGAUUGUUUUUCCCUAGGAUUGAGUCAUAAAGAAAAAUUAGCCUGCUAGGUCCCUACCUGUUGUCUAUAGUCCGUUACCUGUUGUGACUCUCUCUCUCUCUCUCUCUCUCUCUCCCUCUCCCUCCCUUCCUUUCCCUCUCCCUCUCCUCUCUAUCUCUAUCUCACACGCACAUGCACACGCAUAGGGGAGCUAUGCUCACUCUAUUUAGCUUGUGUCACGGCAUAGGAUUUGGACCCAUAACUCGUUUUCUAGACCUCUCCCUAGACUCAAGUUGGUUCCAAGCCUUGAAAAGGGCUCUUGCUCGGGCUGGACUGGGCCUCACAGUCAAACGAGAGAAAAGAAAAGACGUGAAAGCCUAGGUUAUUAGCUUUCUUGAGGAACGAUCUUAGAUCUCAUGAUCUUCCCCAUGGUUAUAAUUAAUUGUUCCUGCUUUGACAGGUAUUUCCAAACGGCUGGAGUGCCAUUUUAAUGGCCUUGGAAAAUCAAGGGAUGUGGAACGUGAGGUCGGCCAUGUGGGCGAGGCAAUACCUCGGGCAGCAGCUCUACAUCAGAGUCUGGACUCCAGAGAAGAGCACCAACAAUGAGUAUGAUAUCCCCGCCAACGCCUUGCUCUGCGGGAGGGCCCGAAGGUCCUGA